AUGGGUCCCGGGUUUCUGCUACUCCUGCUGGAGGCCACAGCUUGGCAUGGUCAAGGGAUCCCAGUGAUAGAGCCCAGUGGCCCCGAGCUGGUAGUGGAGCCAGGCGCGACGGUGACCCUGCGCUGUAUGGGCAACAGCAGCGUGGAAUGGGAUGGCCCCCUCACCCCCUUCUGGACCCUGGACCCUGACGCCCCCAGCAGCAUCCUGACCACACACAACGCCACCUUCAAAAACACGGGGACCUACCACUGUAGGGAGCCUGGAGACCCCCUGGGGGGCAGCGCCAGCAUCCACCUCUACGUCAAAGACCCCACCCGGCCCUGGAACGUGCUCACGCAGGAGGUGACCGUCUUCGAGGACCAGGAUGCACUGCUCCCCUGCCUGCUGACCGACCCGGCACUGAAGGCGGGUAUUUCGCUGGCACGGCUGCGAGGCCGGCCCCCGCUGCGCCAGACCAACUACUCCUUCUCGCCCUGGCAUGGCUUCACCAUCCACAAGGCCAAGUACAUCGAGAGCCACUACUACCAGUGCAGUGUCCUGGUGGACGGCACGAGGGUGACAUCUGCCAGCAUCCAGCUCAAAGUGAAGAAGGUCCUCCCAGGGCCCCCGGCCUUGACCCUGGAGCCUACAGAGCUGGUGCACAUCCUCGGCGAGAAGGCCACGAUCGUGUGCUCAGCCCGUGACUUGGACGUUGACUUUGAUGUCUUCCUCUGGCACAACAACACCAAGCUCCUCGUCAGCCAGUUCUCCGACUAUCAUGACAGCCGUUACCAAAAAACACUGACCCUCACCCUGGAUAAAGUCGACUUCCAGCACGCUGGCAACUAUUCCUGCAAGGCCACCAAUGCCCUAGGCAGUCACUCCACCUCCAUGGUCUUCCGGGUGGUCGAGAGUGCCUACGUGAACCUGUUCUCUGAGCAGAGCCUUCUCCAGGAGGUGACGCUGGGUGAGGGGCUCACCCUCAAAGUCAACGUGGAGGCCUACCCGAGCCUGCAAGGUUUUAACUGGACCUAUCUAGGACCCUUCUCUGACGGCCAGCCCAAGCUUGACUUUGUCACCAUCAAGGAGAUGUACAGAUAUACCUCCACGCUCUCGCUGCCCCGCCUGAAGCCCUCCGAGGCCGGCUGCUAUGCCUUCCUGGCCAGAAACGUGGGCGGCCAGAAGGACUUGACAUUUGAGCUCACCCUCCGCUACCCCCCCGAGGUGAGUGUCGUAUGGACCCUGGUGAACGGCUCCAACACCCUACGGUGUGAUGUCUCCGGGUACCCCCCGCCCAACGUGACGUGGCUGCAGUGCGGAGGCCACACAGACAGGUGUGAGGAGGGGCAGGUGCUGCAGGUGUGGGAGGACACGCACCCGGAGGUCCUGAGCCGGGAGCCCUUCAGCAAGGUGACAGUGCAGAGCCUGCUGGCCAUCGAGGCCCUGGAGCACAACAGCACCUACGAGUGCAGGGCUCACAACAGCGUGGGCAGUGGCUCUUCCACCUUCAGGCCCGUCUCUGCAAGAUCCACGCACGGCCCCGAGGAGCUCCUCUUCACACCAGUGGUGGUCGCCUGCAUGUCCGCCAUGGCCCUACUGCUACUGCUGUUCUUGCUGCUGUUGUACAAGUACAAGCAGAAGCCCAAGUAUCAGGUGCGCUGGAAGAUCAUCGAGAGUGCUGGGGGCAACAGCUACACCUUCAUUGACCCCACCCAGCUGCCCUACAAUGAGAAGUGGGAGUUUCCCCGAAACAACCUGCAGUUCGGUAAGACCCUUGGAGCCGGUGCUUUUGGGAAGGUGGUGGAGGCCACAGCUUUUGGCCUGGGCAAGGAGGACGCCGUCCUGAAGGUGGCCGUGAAGAUGCUGAAGUCCACGGCCCACGCGGACGAGAAGGAGGCGCUCAUGUCAGAGCUGAAGAUCAUGAGUCACCUGGGCCCACACGAGAACAUCGUCAACCUCCUGGGAGCCUGCACCCAUGGAGGCCCUGUGCUGGUCAUCACCGAGUACUGCUGCUAUGGUGACCUGCUCAACUUCCUGCGAAGGAAAGCUGAGGCCAUGCUGGAGCCCAGCCUGAGUCCCGACCAGGACCCCGAGGGGAGCUCAGGCUACAAGAACAUCCACCUGGAGAAGAAAUAUGUCCGCAGGGACAGCGGCUUCUCCAGCCAGGGCGUGGACACCUACGUGGAGAUGAGACCCGUUUCCACUUCUUCUUCAAACGACUCCUCGGAGCAAGACCUGGACAAGGAGGACGGCCGGCCCCUGGAGCUGUGGGACCUGCUGCACUUCUCCAGCCAAGUGGCCCAGGGCAUGGCCUUCCUCGCCUCCAAGAAUUGCAUCCACCGUGAUGUGGCUGCCCGGAAUGUGCUGCUGACCAGUGGGCACGUGGCCAAGAUUGGGGACUUCGGGCUGGCUAGGGACAUCAUGAACGACUCCAACUACAUCGUCAAAGGCAACGCCCGCCUGCCCGUGAAGUGGAUGGCCCCCGAGAGCAUCUUCAACUGCGUCUACACAGUACAGAGCGACGUCUGGUCCUAUGGGAUCCUCCUCUGGGAGAUCUUCUCACUCGGGCUGAACCCCUACCCUGGCAUCCUGGUGAACAGCAAGUUCUACAAGCUGGUGAAGGACGGAUACCAAAUGGCCCAGCCUGUAUUUGCCCCCAAGAGCAUAUACAGCAUCAUGCAGGCCUGCUGGGCCCUGGAACCCACCCACAGGCCCACCUUCCAGCAGAUCUGCUCCCUCCUUCAGGAGCAGGCCCAGGUGGACAGGAGGGCGCAGGACUACGCCAACUUGCCAGGCAGUGGCAGCAGCAGCAGCAGCAGCGAGCCAGAGGAGGAGAGCUCUGGAGAGCAUCUGGGCUGCUGCGAGCACGGGGAGGCUGCCCAGCCCUUGCUGCAGCCCAACAACUACCAGUUCUGCUGA